AUGACAGAACCACGGUUGAGGGACCACUGUGGCUCGAGAAAUGCACGUCACAUGUGGAAUUUAGGCUCGUGCAAAGUAAAGGUACUUGAGCAUACAGGUAUAUCUCGCAGUGCUAUCAGUACCACUACCCCAAGCAGAUUGCGCAAGUCUCCAGUGAAACGCAAGUCUCCAGGACCCCGUCCUCCCGCCGACUACAGUGGCACAGUGGGUUUCCCUACCAAAAAAAGGGCCCUGCCUGACCCCGAGCGUCCGUCUCUCCACGCUAUUGUCCAGGACACGUUCGAUCCCAACGCCCAGACACUCUCCAUAUCUCUCCAUCUCGAAAUCACAUCCCAGUCUGUCAACAUGGCCUCCCGACAACCUCCCGCUGGCGCCCGCGGCACCAACACCCGUUUCGCGCAGUUCAAGCUGGUUCUUCUAGGCGAGUCUGCUGUCGGAAAGAGUUCAAUAGUUUUGCGAUUUGUCAAGGACCAAUUCGAUUCCUAUCGCGAGUCCACUAUCGGUGCUGCUUUCCUGACUCAAACCAUCUCCCUCGAUGAGAACACCACGGUCAAGUUCGAAAUCUGGGAUACCGCCGGCCAAGAACGCUACAAGUCCUUGGCUCCCAUGUACUACCGAAAUGCGAACUGCGCCGUCGUUGUAUAUGAUAUCACCCAAUCGGCAUCGCUAGACAAGGCAAAGGCUUGGGUCAAGGAGCUACAGCGCCAAGCGAACGAGAACAUCGUCAUUGCUCUUGCAGGAAACAAGUUGGAUUUGGUCACCGAGCAGCCCGACAAGCGAGCCAUCUCCACUGCCGACGCCGAGGCUUACGCUCGUGAAGCCGGCCUUCUUUUCUUUGAGACUUCAGCCAAGACUGCUGAGAACGUUCAGACUCUUUUCACAGCCAUCGCCAAGAAGCUUCCUCUGGACCAGGCCGGUCCACGACACGCUCGUCCUGGUCAACGACCAGGAGUCAGUCUGGCUCCUGAGAACUCCAACACCAACGUCAGCGGCCCUUGCAGUUGCUAG